AUGUCUAACAUUGGUUUCAUUCUAUGUAUCACACCAUUGAGACCGAGCCAGCUGUUCUUGAUGCGGAGGGCUUCGCAAUCUGUCCAGAUUGUGGUAGCCGUGUAUCCUCAUCAAAUUCUCAUAUGCAAACAAGGUGUGCGAGAAACGCUGGACACGUUCCUGAUUACGUUAAUCUACCCCUCAUGGUUGAGGAGCUCUCGUCUUGACAUCUCACUCCUCAACCAGCCAUACCUCGAGUGGAAAUACGUCGGAAUCAGGCGUGCGCCGCGCCUGAUCUUCCUGACUUUGGCUAUUCCCUUGUCACUCAAACAGGGUGCCUGA